UGUCUCUCUCUUUCUCUCUAAACAACAACUCAGCCUCCGACAUCUCUCCCACCCCCUCCCCGCUUGCUUCAGAUCUGCUCCAAAUCCCACCAUCGUCACCACCAACACCUCGAUUCGCAUUUUAAGGCGGAGCACAAAACAUUCCAAUCCUCCUACAUUAUUCACCAGCCCCGAAGAUUAUCUAAUUCGUCUUCUUGGUUUUCACGAGAGGAGAAGACGUACAGCAGGACGAGAUCUGAUCCGGUCGGAUCCGGUCAGAUCUCAUCAGAUUAAUUUUGUGGCUUUUAUGAUCCAACCAAUACUCUGAUCGGGAAACAAAGAAAAAGAAAAAAAUUGGCCGCGAAGAUGGUAGAAUCUGGCCCUUGGACUCCUGGGCAGGUUUCUUUCUUGCUUGGUUUCGCUCCCAUAUUUAUAGCAUGGGUAUAUUCAGAGAUACUGGAGUACAAGAAAUCCUCCUCUCCUUCGAAAGUUCGUUCAGAUUCAAACCUGGUGGAGCUAGGGAAAGAGGCCACCAAGGAGGAUGAGAGGGCUGUUUUGCUUGAAGGUGGGCUAGCAAAACCAGCAUCUGUGAAGUUUCAGAACGGAUCUGUCCGAUCAAAUUUAGUAAGGUUCCUAAGAAGGGACGAGGCAUUUUUACUUGAAAAUCGUGCAUUACUAAGAGCAAUGUCGGAAUUUGGGGCAAUCCUCAUUUACUUCUAUCUAUGUGAUCGCACAAAUCUUUUUGCAGAAUCUAAAAAGAAUUACAGUCGGGACCUCUUUCUAUUUCUCUACAUCCUUCUUAUCAUAGCUUCAGCCUUGACUUCUUUGAAGAAGCAUCAUGAUAAGUCUGUUUUCUCUGGGAAAGCCUUGCUUUAUCUGAAUCGUCAUCAAACCGAGGAGUGGAAAGGGUGGAUGCAGGUCUUAUUUCUAAUGUACCACUACUUCGCUGCCGCAGAGAUAUACAACGCAAUACGUGUGUUUAUUGCUGCCUAUGUCUGGAUGACUGGAUUUGGCAACUUCUCUUAUUAUUACAUCCGCAAGGAUUUUAGUGUUGCCCGCUUUGCCCAGAUGAUGUGGCGGCUCAACUUCUUUGUGGCUUUUUGUUGCAUCGUUUUGAACAAUGACUACAUGCUUUACUAUAUCUGCCCCAUGCAUACCCUAUUCACUCUUAUGGUAUAUGGAACGCUCGGCAUCUUUAAUAAAUAUAAUGAAAUUAGAUCAGUGAUGAUCAUCAAGAUUCUCUUUUGCUUCUUGAUGGUGUUUGUGAUUUGGGAAGUACCAGGAGUUUUUGAUACUAUAUGGAGCCCCUUGACUUCUCUUGUCGGGUACAAAGAUCCUGAUCCUAGGAAAACAAAUCUCCCUCUCUUACAUGAAUGGCAUUUUAGAUCUGGUCUUGAUCGAUAUAUCUGGAUCAUUGGGAUGAUAUAUGCGUACUACCAUCCAAAUGUUGAAAGAUUGUUGGAGAAAUUAGAGGAAUCAGAACCCAAGCGGAGACUCACAAUCAAGACAAUUAUUGUAUCCCUUUCCUUAGCGGUUGGUUAUCUGUGGUAUGAAUACAUUUACAAGAUGGACAAGCUGAGUUACAACAAAUAUCAUCCUUACACUUCAUGGAUUCCCAUUACUGUAUAUAUUUGUCUUCGGAAUUUCACGCAACAGUUGCGCAAUUACUCUCUAACUCUUUUUGCGUGGCUUGGCAAGAUCACAUUGGAGACUUAUAUAUCUCAAAUCCAUAUCUGGUUAAGGUCAGGCAUGCCAAAUGGUCAGCCGAAGUGGCUUCUUUGUUUCAUCCCAAAUUACCCACUGCUCAAUUUCCUGCUUACAACUACGAUAUAUGUCUUUAUAUCGUUGAGGAUUUUUGAGCUCACAAAUUCACUAAAGACAGCUUUCAUACCCAGUAAGGACAACAAGCGACUAUUUCAAAAUUUCAUCGCGGGAGUAAUGUUAUCUCUGAGCAUAUACUGCAUUUCUGCGGUUCUUCUACACAUUCCAAGACUAUUGGUUUGACGGCAAAUUCAUGCAUAUACUACGUACUUAUCGGUUUACAGCGCUGCUCGCUGUAUCUAGAAAAAUCUUGAUAGUCUUAGCUCAGCUUCAAAGCAUAGUAAAGGAAGAUGAGAAAGGAUAAUAGUCACACCUGAAAUUGUUUUGUAUGUGGCUCCAUGUUUUUAGAGAUAUUCAGGAAAGAAAAAGUUUGAAAUGGUUGAGUCAGGGUUUUGAUAGUAUAUGUAGAUUAAUCUGGGGCAUAAUUCUUAUAUAUAUGGUCAUUUCAUACCCACCAUUGAGAUAUUUGUGGGGUAAAUGGCCUGGAUUACAUUCUUUUUGUUUUUCUUCAACAUUGUUAAAACAUUUAUUGUACUAGCAACAUUCAUUUUGUUCUGAUUUGGUUUAUCUCUAUAGUGAGGUUCAAAAUAAUAGAAGAAAAAUAAUUUGCGUCA